AGUCGUUCGCAUGUUUGCGUGUGAUUUAGUGAAGAUAAGCGCUGCACCCCCAUUACUAACAUGUCUCAUGUUUUUGUUUUGAUUUCGCCGCAUGUAUUUGCAAUACCUAAUUGCGUUCAAAACAUAAAUGGGUGUUACUUUUAAGGUAAGUCUCCGCCCAGGGGGAGUAACAGCGCUCCAUCCACCUGCCAGACUACUUCAGCAGCAGACAGUCAGUGGACCUGAAGCGUGCUGCUGCUGCUGCUGCUGCGUGGACGAAAAUACACGAGACGCGUUUAAAAACUCCGGACGAGAGGGGAUACGAGCACUUAAUUUGAACUGCCGCGGUAUCACAGUCACAAAAAUUAGUUUAUAGGAGCAACUACUUUGUGGACACGUGUAUGCUGUUACUUUUGACUGGACGCAUUGUUUUGGUUUCUGUACGUUUUCUUUGCGCUGGAUUGCAAAUGAUUUGUACACUGGGACACACAGGAUCGUUUGUGACGGACGUUUUGUAGGACCAAAUACAUCUCUUGUGGGUCUUUGGAUAAAGUGAUCAUGCAGGGAGUUGGGACUUUGGUGCUGGGGACCCUUCUGGUCUCUGUGUUCUCAGCUGUCUCGGUCCACAGCAGCCCUUUGUCUUCCCUGCCACCCGCUUCUGCUCCACGAGUCUUCCUGUCCUUCAAAGAACUUAAGUCUACUGGAACUGCCCAUCACUUUGCUUUUCUGCUCAACUCGACGGACUACAGAAUCCUUCGUAUGGAUGAGGACCAUGAUCGCAUGUACGUGGGCAGCAAGGACUACAUCCUGUCACUAGACCUGAACGACAUCAACAAAGAGCCCCUCAUAAUUCAUUGGCCUGUGACUCCUCAGAGGAGGACUGAGUGUGUCCUCUCAGGAAAAGACAUCAAUGGCGAGUGUGGUAAUUUCAUCCGUCUAAUCGAGCCAUGGAACAGGACUCACCUGUAUGUGUGCGGAACGGGAGCUUACAACCCCAUCUGUACCUAUGUGGACAGAGGUCAAAGGGCACAGGAAUACAUUUUCCGACUGGAGCCUGGUAAAGUAGAUUCUGGGAAGGGGAAAUGCCCCUUUGACCCCAAACUAAACAGCGUCUCAGCUCUGAUAAAUGGCCAGUUGUACGCUGGUGUCUACAUCGAUUUUAUGGGAACAGACUCUGCCAUCUUUCGCACGUUGGGAAAACACACGGCCAUGAGGACCGACCAGUAUAACUCCCGCUGGCUCCACGAUCCAACCUUCGUCCACGCUCAGCUCAUCCCUGAUAGUGCAGAAAAGAAUGAUGACAAGCUGUAUUUCUUCUUCCGUGAAAAGGCAUCUGAGAUGGGUCAGACUCCCAUGGCUCAGUCUAGGAUUGGCAGGAUUUGUUUGAAUGAUGACGGAGGACACUGCUGUCUGGUGAAUAAGUGGAGUACCUUCCUGAAGGCUCGGCUCAUCUGCUCUGUGACUGGCUCUGAUGGCAUGGAGACACAUUUCGAUGAGCUCCGGGAUGUGUACAUCCAGAAAACCCAAGACACCAAGAAUCCCGUCAUCUACGGCGUCUUCUCCGUGUCUGGGUGCGUAAGUUCACGAGUAUGUGUGUAUUCAAUGGCUGAUGUUCGCAUGGUCUUCAAUGGUCCUUUCGCUCAUAAGGAAGGGCCAAACUACCAGUGGGUUGCCUACCAGGGUAAAAUUCCUUACCCCCGACCAGGAACAUGUCCAGGAGGGACGUUCACCCCCAACAUGAAAUCUACUAAAGAUUACCCUGAUGAGGUUAUCAACUUCAUGCGCAACCAUCCGACCAUGUUCAACGCUGUUUAUCCAGUCCACAAGCGCCCCCUAGUGGUCCGUACCAAUGUGGAUUAUGAGUUCACCACCAUCACAGUGGACCAAGUGGCUGCAGCUGAUGGCAACUAUGAAGUUCUUUUCUUGGGAACGGAUAGAGGAACUAUUCAUAAAGUGAUUGUCCUGCCCAGAGAUGAUCUACAGACUGAAGAGCUGGUGCUGGAGGAGGUUGAGGUCUUCAGAGUUCCAACUCCAAUCACUACUAUGAAAAUUUCACCAAAACGGCAACAGCUGUAUGUGAGUUCAGUGGUGGGUGUCACUCAUCUGGCGCUGCACAGGUGUGAUGUGUACGGAGAGGCCUGUGCUGACUGCUGCUUGGCCAGAGACCCUUACUGUGCCUGGGAUGGAAAGUCCUGCUCUCGCUACUCAGCAAACCAAAAAAGGCGGAGUCGGAGGCAAGAUGUGAAGUAUGGCAACCCUAUAAGACAAUGUAGGGGCUAUAAUUCCAAUGCCAAUAAGAACACAUUGGAGACAGUGCAGUAUGGAGUAGAGGGAAGCACAGCCUUCCUGGAGUGCCAGGCCAGAUCUCCUCAUGUGUCAAUCAAGUGGCAUUUCCAAAAGGAGAACAGCGAUAGGAGGAGAGAGAUCCGUUCUGACGGGCGUGUCGUUCGUACGGAGCAGGGUCUCUUCCUGCGCUCUCUCCAGCUCUCUGAUGGAGGGGUUUACCUGUGCACCUCCACUGAGAAGAACUUCAAGCACACACUGGUCAAACUUCAGUUGGUGGUCCUUUCCGCCCGCACCAUCAACACCAUCCAGACCGAAUCCACCGCUCCCGCCGCGCCGCCUCUCCAGUCCAGCACCUGGACGCCCAGCGCAGAGCAGUACAAAGACCUGCUGACCAUCCUCAGCCAACCAGAGAUGGGCCUCAUCAACCAGUACUGCCAGGACUACUGGCAGAUGGGGGACGACCCCGCAGCUCACACACACAAGAAGAAGGACCUCAAGGAAGUACAGAAGGACCUCCGGAAGCCACGAAACAGGAGACACCACCAGGAGCAGAGCAGCAUGGCUGAGACAUGAGAUGGAAAAACCCACUCCAUCCAAAUGAAUGAGACUUGAGGUUGACCUCAAGGUCUUUGACUACCAUUACACACAAACAUAUACCCGCAACCAUUAUGACCGAGGAGAAAAUAAACAACCCAUUUUUGAAAAUUCAUAGUAUUUAUUGUAGGCUGUACAUAGUUAGAUUCUGUGGAUAUCUUUGUAUGGAAAUAGCAAAAAAAAAAAAAAAGAGACAAAAAAUGUUUUGUGUAUAGAUCUGUGCAAAUAUUUUGUUAUCAUUGUUACCUUUCUUCCAACAUAUUUAUUACAACAGUAUUCACAUAAUAACACACGUGACUGUUAUGAUAAAACUUUAUGUAUAUAAUGGGAUAGUGGGACAUUUGAAACUCUUGAUGGACAGUUUGUCUGCACUUGAUGUUUUGAUACUGGAGGAAAGAUGGGACUAAAGCCGUUUGCGGACUGUUUUAGCCGAGCACGUGUUCUCAUUCUGCAGAUGUACGGAUAAAGAAUUUCUACGUAUAUUUGGUGCAUCUGAGUAUUCUGUGACCUCCCAAAAGACUUCGAAAAACACUUUAAUAUCAUCAGAAACUCAUCUUUUAAUCUUCUUGAUCUUCCAUAUGUUGCUAUGCUAAUGUGUGUAAAAUAUAAAGUCGUUUCUGUGUGUUAUACGUUUGGUUUAUUAUUGAUUACAGCCUCCUGUACAGUAUGUACAUCACUUUUCUGUUCUUCUCAUUUAUAUAAAUAUGUAUUGCAGGCAAAGAAUGUCGAAAAGCGGGGGGUUCAAAACCUGUCCAUCUCUUUGCAAAGCAGAAUUAUUUAAAGUGUUGUUUUUAAAUAUGUACCUCUCCAGCCAUUUUCAGUAAUAAGCGUCCAAGCAAGCACCUCUAAACAUUUAAUAGGUAAUCAUUUGAAAGCAUUAAAUCAUUUGGAACUAAACUUUAGGAGGCUUGUUUGAGUUUGCAUGAAUUGUAUUUGUACUGUACAGAUAUGUAGUCAAAUUCUGGAUAUUGCUGUGUUGCUGUAUGGUCUUUGACAUAAUGAAUCGAGAGAGAGAGAGAGAGAGAGAGACUGUUUUUU